AUAAAAUGGUAGUUCUUCACUCACUCUCACUCAUCAUAUGCCAUCUAUGUGUGCCAGUUUGGAAAUAUUUCUUAUCUAUGUUACAUUAAUAUAUGCUGCCAAGAAAACCUCUCUGGCAACAUCUGUAACAUAUAGUCAUAUACAACAUGUUAUGACCAUGAUCUCUCACUAUCUCCCUGUCUUAUAUUGUUAACAUACUCAGUCCAGUUCAUUUAUAUCAUCUCUAGUUGCCCUAAUUCUUCCUCUGAACACCAAUCAAUUUUUCAAGUAUGAUGCAAGACCAAAUUGGUCUCCCUGCUUGUUUCUCAUCCGGUGAGAAGCCGAAUGAUGACCCUGCUGCUGUGACCAGGCCAGGUCAUAGUGCUUUCAUGUCCGUUUACCGGACAAAAAUCGCAGGCCAGUGUCGCUUGAUCACUGUUACAUGGCGUAAGAAUUCGCUGCUCCACAUCCUAGCCGUGUCAGUAGAAGGACCGGCCGGUGAAAGCCAGUAUACAUGUAAGGUUCAGCUGAAACCAUGGUGCUUUUGGAAGAAACAAGGCUCAAAGCGCUUAGAAGUGGACGGGAAGCCUAUUGACAUCUUUUGGGACCUCAAAGCUGCAAAAUUCAACGGCGAAACUGAGCCAAGCUCAGGCUACUAUGUUGCAGUGGUUUGUGAUGGAGAAGUUGUGCUGCUACUAGGAGAUCUAAAGAACGAGGCGUAUAAAAAGUCCGGUUCUAGGCCAGGUCUUAUCGAUCCCAUUUUGGUUUCGAAGAAGGAACACAUAUUUGGCAAGACGAAGUUCUUCACAAAAGUGAAGUUUCAUGAGAAAGGUAGGUUUCAUGAGGUGUCAAUCGAGUGCAAGAACAGAAGCAACAAUAAUGGGGAGAUGAGUGCUAAUAGCAAUUGUUUUGGUGGGGUGGAUCCAGAAAUGGAGAUAAGGCUUGAUGGGCAUUUGGUGAUUCAUGUCAAACACCUUCAAUGGAAGUUUAGAGGUAAUGAAUGCAUUCAUUUCAAGAAAGUGAAAAUAGAAGUGUAUUGGGAUGUCCAUGACUGGCUCUUUAGUCCUGGUCUAAGGCACGCAUUGUUCAUUAUUAAGCCAACUUUGGCAUCCACAUAUGCCUCAUCCAAAUCAACAGCAUCAUCACCAUUGUUGUCGUCGUCGUCGUCCAAGUCCACUCCAUUGUCAUCUCAGACAGGGAGUUCUGGUUCAGUACUAGAUGGAUUAAAUGCAGGUGGGUCAUCUGAGUUUUGCCUGUUUCUAUAUGCUUGGAAAGUUGAAUAAGAGGAUGAUACCUAGAGUAGUGGAUGUAUCAUAUUAAAGCCAAGAGAAAUAGGACAAGGUAAAUGAGACAAUUGAUAUUGGCUCAAUUUGGAGUGUGGUGAGAAAGAGGAAGCAAUCACAUGGGAGGAGGUGGAUGGACCACAGGGAGAGGUUGGAAGGAAGUUAGUUACAGCUGGGCCUGACUAAGUGGGCAUUAUUGAACUGGACAUAUUUGGAUCACUUCCAUGCCCAAUAAUUCCCCAAUCUAGAGGCAUCUCCAUCUUGGAUUCUUGUCUACAGCUCUCUCUCUCUCUCUCUCUCUCUCUGGAUCUGAUCUCGAUAAGUGAUGAGAAUGUAUCUAGCAAAUGUUUUUUUUUUUUUUUUUUUUUUAUAUAUAGAACAAGUUGACAAUAUUUUCAUAGUUCAAGUCAAAAGUGACAUUUGUGAUGCAUAACCAACUGCAAUAGCUUGUGUAUGUGCAUGCAUUGUAAAAGUGAUAUAGUCUUUCAUUCCCUUUGUUACUUUCUUUUUAUUGCAGCUAGAUUGAACA